AUGAGCCGGCCGGCGGUGCACCCGGUGGAGGCUCCGCCGAUGACACUUGAGGCGCCUAGAGUGAGGAUGGAAGACGUCCAUGGCAUGCCUGGCACCACAGGUGGCCUCUUCCUCCGCCUCUGCCAGUUCGUUUUCGCUGUCGCCUCUCUCUCCGUCAUGACCACCACCUCGGAUUUCCCCUCCGUUACUGCCUUUCGCUACCUUGUUGCUGCUGUUGGUUUGCAAAGUUUUUGGAGCCUGUCGCUGGCAAUUGCUGACAUAUAUGCCCUUUCAGUUAGACGGAGUUUCAGACAUGUUGGAGUUGUCAGUUUAUUCACCAUUGGUGAUGGGGUUACUUCAACUCUAACUUUUGCUGCUGCCUGUGCCUCUGCUGGUAUCACCGUUCUGAUUGGCAACGAUAUGGAUAAAUGUAAUGUGAACCACUGCACUAGAUUUAUGUCAGCUACCGCCAUGGCUUUCCUGUGCUGGUUUGCCGCCUCACCAUCAUUUAUUUUGAGUUUUUGGUCAUUGGCGUCCCGGUCUGCAAACAUGGGGAUGACGCCGUCGCUCGCUGCUAUGGUUGUGACGGCAGAGUUUGCUGUGUCGCUUCCGGUGGUGAUGGAAAAAAGAGAGCGUGAGAAGACGGAGAGAAGAGAGUGA